CCCUUAUCGAUAGAUGACACUGCAUGCCAAAUGCCUGAACAAGUCCGGCUGAUGAUACUGGCCUGGUCGUUCAAUGAGUCCAACCCAAUCCAUCCUUACGUUUCUCUUCAUCCCACGAUCCAACACAGCGCCAAACCAGAAUACUCUCUUCUUAUUUCUGACAUAUUUCUUGCCGUCAUAGCCGCCCCGUAGAGUGCCUGCUACGUAUAGAGACCUGCGAUUCCAUCAUGGCCGAUAUUACAAGCAUUGAGGAAGAUAUCAAGCAGUUCCGAGAACAGCUCGAUGUCGUGGAAACCGGUCUGAGAGAUGACCCCAGUAACGCAGAACUCCUUGCUCUCAAGUCUGAGUUAGAUGAUGCGCUUUCGCUGCUGAACGAAACACUUGCUGAACUGAAGCCAACAAAGGCACCAUCAAGGCCGCAAGCGUCGCCGCCACCCCCGUCAGAGCCGCCCGUCCAGGAGAAGUGGUCGCGAGAGAACCAUCCCGCCUUCAAGAAACCCCCGCCGCCCGAGGAGAAGGAUGUCGACGCCGGCCCCGUCAAUUACAAGGUGAACGACAAUGUCAUGGCGAAAUGGGUCUCCGGAGAUAAAGCAUUCUACCCCGCCCGCAUCACCUCCAUCACCGGCUCCUCGACUGCGCCCAUCUACGUGGUCAAAUUCAAGAGCUAUGACAACACGGAGCAGUUGCGCGCCAAAGACAUCCGCCCCGUAGCACAAAAGAGGAAAGCCGAUGGAACCCCCGUCGGCACCGCCAGUUCAUUUGCCACCCCGGUUCAGCAGCCGCCACCGCCGUCUUCCGCUUCUACAAACCCCGGCGUGAUAUCUGCUGCUGCCAGUAUCAACCCUGAGCUGGCCCAGAGGAAUAGGGAGGAAGCCCUCAACAACACGGGCGAUGCGAAGCCAAAGGCCAAGAAGAUAAAAGCGAAAAAGGAGCUCGAGGCGGGCAAGAACAAAUGGCAGGAGUUCAACAACAAGUCCAAAUUCGCCAAGACGAGCAAGUCGAAGAAGGAAAGCAUGUUCCGUACUCCAGAAGGUGUGCACGGCAGAGUUGGUUUCACGGGCUCAGGACAAGCCAUGCGCAAAGAUCCUUCGAGAACCCGCCACAUCUACCAAGCCAAUGAGGAUUUGGACUAACUCCAGUCGCAGAAAAUGCUACGCGAACUUCAUUGCCACGCAGGAUUAUGUGGGAUGGCUCUAUGAUGGUGUCCGGGGGGUGUCGGCGUUGGGGAGUCGGUUAAUAGGCUUUGUUUCCUCUCUCUCCCUUAGUCAUAUAGUCUGUAUGCUAACGUGUAUCAUGAGUGGGACGCCAUGUCAUGCUGCCGCCAAUCGCUUGCUGAGCGUCCGCGCAAGCUAGCUAUGUUUAAUCAGAGCGAAGUCAUUCCUACUCCCU